AUGUCUUCCUCUGUUGCCAGAAAACACAACAAGUCUCAAAGUGCUUACGCAUUUGACAACACUACAACUUCUAUUGCUGCCUCCCAAAUGAGAAACCAUCUCAAUAAGUUGGCAGACACAAUCUCUCAAGACGAUGCCGCUAAAGACAAGUUUGAAGGCCAAAUGGACUCUUUCUUUGCUCUUUUCCGUCGUUAUUUGACUGACAAGGCCGCUGGUACCGCUGUCGAUUGGGAUAAAAUUAAAUCCCCAAACCCUGAAGAAGUCAUUAGAUACAACUCUUUGUCUGAAUCUUCACCUGACAAUUCAAAAUUGUUGUCCAAGUUGGCCGUUCUUAAGUUGAAUGGUGGUCUUGGUACCAGUAUGGGUUGCAUUGGUCCAAAGUCGGUCAUUGAAGUUCGUGACGGUAACACUUUCUUGGACUUGGCUGUCCGUCAAAUUGAACACUUGAACCGUAACUACGAUUCUGAUGUUCCAUUGUUGUUGAUGAACUCCUUCAACACCGAUUCUGACACCCAACACAUUGUUAAGAAAUAUUCUGGUCACAGAAUCCAAAUCAAGACUUUUAACCAAUCCAAAUUCCCAAGAGUCUUCAAGGACUCCUUGUUGCCUGUUCCAAAGAAUGUCGAUGACCCUCUUAGUGCUUGGUAUCCACCUGGUCAUGGUGACUUGUUCGAAAGUUUGACCAGCAGUGGUAAGUUGGAUGAAUUGUUGGCCGAAGGUAAGGAAAUCUUGUUUGUUUCCAAUGGUGAUAACUUGGGUGCCACUGUUGAUAUGAAGAUUUUGAACCACAUGAUUGAAACUGGUGCUGAAUAUAUCAUGGAAUUGGCUGACAAGACCAGAGCCGAUGUUAAGGGUGGUACUUUGAUUAACUACGACGGCCAAGUUCGUUUGUUGGAAGUUGCUCAAGUUCCAAAAGAACAUGUUGAAGAGUUCAAGUCCAUCAAGAAAUUCAAGAACUUUAACACCAACAACUUGUGGAUCAACUUGAAGGCUAUUAAGAGAUUGGUGGAACAAAACAAGAUUGAAGUGGAAAUCAUUCCAAAUGCCAAGACCAUCAACUACGACGGUCAAUCUGAUGUUCCAGUGUUGCAAUUAGAAACUGCUGUUGGUGCUGCAAUUCGUUUCUUCGACAAUGCUCAUGGUGUUGUUGUUCCACGUUCUCGUUUCUUGCCAGUUAAGACUUGUUCCGAUUUGUUAUUGGUCAAGUCCGACUUGUUUUACUUGGAACACGGUGCCCUUGUCUUGGAUCCAAACCGUUAUGACGGUAACCCAUUGAUCAAAUUGGGUAAGUCCUUCAAGAAGGUUUCUGAGUUCAACUCUAGAAUUCCACACAUGCCAAAGAUUUUGGAAUUGGAUCACUUGACCAUUACUGGUAAUGUUUACUUGGGUAAGGGUGUUACUCUUAAGGGUACUGUCAUCAUUGUUUGUAAUGAUGGUGAUAGAAUUGACAUUCCAAAUGGUUCUAUCUUGGAAAAUGUUGUCAUCACUGGUAACUUGAAGAUCUUGGAACACUAG